AUGGCGCUAGCUGCACAUAACUCUCUUCUUCCCAACAAAUCUUCUCUUAUUCCUCAAACCCAAAAUUAUCUUUACACCAAUUCUUCCUCUCUUACCGUCAGAUCUACAGCCAAACGCAUUUUAACCGUCCAUGCUGCGGACUCUUCAAGUUCCAAAAACCCCAUUGUCUCAGAAUCCAAGUCUCUCAAGCCAACGCCGCCGUCUGCAGCCGCCGCCGCAACAGCCACCCUAGAUACCAAGGCUCCUUCCAAGAAAUGGGUGUUGGACAGCUGGAAAUCUAAGAAAGCGUUGCAGCUGCCGGAAUACCCGAACGCUGAGGAGCUUGAGUCGGUUCUCAAGACCCUUGAUGACUUUCCUCCGAUUGUGUUCGCCGGAGAGGCGCGGAGCCUCGAGGAGCGGCUAGGAGAAGCUGCCCUGGGCAAUGCAUUCCUUCUGCAAGGUUUUUAUUGA